GUCAGCGCCGCAGCUCGUCCUCGAAGGGACGAAGAGGGUGCAGCCGAGCCAAGCCUGCGAAGCCGAACCCGGAGCCGAGGAUUGCCGAGUGUGCUUGCCGGUGUUGUGUUCAGCGGGCUGCUCGCCUCGCCGGCCGCGUCGCGUUGUUUACGUCGCGCUGUGUGUGUGUGACCGGCUCGAGACUCCGUCGGGACGCAGAGCGACGAGAGGACUUGAUUCUUACCUCUGGAAUUGUGGUUCCCGGAUCCUGAAUGGGAGGGACAGGUCGCACGGAUAAGCAGACCGCUCAGUCUGUUUGUGCGGGACAAAGCUUAGGGAUGAAGGUGAAUUGAAGAUGGCCUCCCCAACCUCCUCAUUGGACUCCAUACCAGCUGCCAAUUCCAUCGAAUCCUUGAUUGAGUCAGAGUUCCGCUCGCUCUCACCCCAGUCUCUGCCCAACUCGUCACCGAUCACAGUGAAUGGAUCUUCGUCUUCGAGCAACAGCAGUGUCAACUUCAACGUGCUGAGCUCCAACUUCAACACAAAGUGCGGAUUAUGCCAUGAUACAUACACCAACCCGAAGGUCCUGCCCUGUUUCCACUCCUUCUGCGAAUCCUGCCUGGAGCGAAACCAAGAGCACCCAGAAAAGUUAACUUGCGCCACCUGUCAGCAAGAGUGCAUCCUCUCUUCAUACGGAAUCUCUGGUCUCCUCUCAGAUUUUUCUGUUGCCGGUGUCUUGGGUGAUAUAAUCAACGAAGACGACAAGAAGUCUUCCAACCCUCGUUGCACAGGCUGCCGAGGCUCAGAUUUUGAAGCAGUUGCACGUUGUGUGGACUGCAGCAACUACUUGUGCCCCAACUGCGUGAUGGCUCAUCAGUUCAUGCACUGCUUUGAGGGCCAUAGAGUCAUGAAUCUCAGUGAGCUGCAACUUCAGAACGGCGGCAAGGAGGAGAUCAAGUCGGCAGUAGACAAAGUAGUCUUCUGUCCAAGACACAAGACGGAUGCGCUGAAGUACUUUUGCCGCUCUUGCAACGUACCCAUCUGCAAAGAAUGCACCAUGCUGGAUCAUCCCAAUGGCAUUCACGACUACGAGCACAUUAGUGAUGUGGGUCCUAAGCAAGUUGAACUUAUGAGCCAGGCAGUACAAGAGGGGAAAGUGAAGGCAACAGACAUUCGAAACAUGCUCAAGAACUUGGAGCACUCUUCAGGUCGUCUGUCUGUCCAGUACCACAAGGCUCAGAACGAAAUAAAUGAGACCUUCCAGUUCUACAGAUCCAUGCUGGAAGAAAGAAAGCAGGAGUUGCUGAAGGAGCUGGACAGUGUAUUUUCUGCCAGGCAGGUUGCACUGACAGUCCUAAAUCAGAAGGGCCAGGAAACAGUAGACAAAAUUUACCAGACCUGCGACUUUGUUGAGAGAUUGACCAAAUAUGCCAGCACAGCCGAAGUUCUCAUGUUCAAGAAGUUGCUGGAUUCCAAACUCCUAGCUUUGGCAUCAUUCAAUCCCGAUACAAGCCUGACAAACGCUGCUUGUGACUUGGAAUUUGUAUCCAACUACCAAGCAAUCCAGAAUGCUCUUGUGUUGCAGGUCGGAGUUCGCAACACUUUUGGAUAUGUGAGAUCGGCCUCUGAAGUGAAUGUGGGCCCCAGCAAGCAGCCUCCCAUCGCGCGGCCCACCAACGGGGCUGUCCUCGCCAAUGGAACCAUCACCAAUGGAUCUGCGAACGGAACGCCCAUCCCCAUCAACGGCAGUGGUGGCAUGCACAAUGGCAUGAACGGAGUGAAUGGAGGCUUGAAUGGUGUGCUGGAUCGUCCAUACAGCAACGGCCUGGGCUCCUCUCCAAGCCCGACUGCUUCUCCUUACGAGUCCAACGUCAUCUCCAAGAGAUUCAGCUCAGCCAACAGCCUGGGCCCAUUUUCUUCCACCCUUGGUGACCUCAACCUGAAUGGAAUCAACCCCUAUGAGAAGUGGUCCAAUGGAGGUGAACUCUACCAGAAUGGUGGCAGCGACCACUACUCCCUGUCAUCGGGCAGCCAUGGUGACGUCAUGGAUUUGACUUCCAAGCUCCAUCUGUCCACCUCCAUGUUCCCUCCCAAGUCUCAGAUCAAGCGCCAGAAAAUGAUCUACCACUGCAAGUUUGGAGAAUUUGGGGUGAUGGAAGGCCAGUUUACUGAACCCAGUGGUGUUGCUGUGAAUGCUCAAAAUGACAUCAUUGUGGCAGACACCAACAACCACCGUAUCCAGAUGUUUGACAAAGAAGGUCGCUUCAAGUUCCAGUUUGGCGAAUGUGGCAAACGGGAUGGUCAGCUCCUCUAUCCCAACCGAGUUGCUGUUGUGCGCACAUCUGGUGACAUCAUUGUCACUGAGCGUUCACCCACUCACCAGAUUCAGAUCUACAACCAGUAUGGACAGUUUGUGCGCAAGUUUGGCGCAAACAUUCUGCAGCACCCACGCGGUGUGACUGUGGACAAUAAGGGCCGCAUUGUUGUUGUUGAGUGCAAAGUAAUGCGAGUAAUUAUCUUUGAUCAAACUGGAAACGUUCUUCAGAAGUUCGGCUGCUCCAAGCAUCUGGAAUUCCCCAAUGGUGUAGUUGUGAAUGACAAGCAGGAGAUCUUUAUUAGUGACAAUCGUGCCCAUUGUGUGAAGGUGUUCAACUAUGAAGGAGUGUUCCUGCGUCAGAUUGGUGGAGAAGGCAUCACCAACUACCCCAUUGGAGUAGGCAUCAAUGCUGCUGGAGAAAUUUUGAUUGCUGACAAUCACAACAACUUCAAUCUGACCAUCUUCACCCAAGAUGGCCAACUGGUGUCUGCGUUGGAGUCCAAGGUGAAGCAUGCCCAGUGCUUCGAUGUUGCAUUAAUGGAUGAUGGGUCGGUGGUGCUUGCCAGCAAGGAUUACCGUCUGUACAUUUACCGCUAUGUGCAGGUGCCUCCCAUUGGCCUGUAAGGAGGAGGUUGAAUGUUUGUGCUCUGGCCACCACCCUAGACUAUUUGAUGUGCUGUUGAAGCUUGCUCUCAUUUUGAGGGAACUGCUCUGCUGCAUUUCAUCGUGAUACGGUGCAAAGUGCAAGACUGAAGUGACUUAACCUCGCCCGGUGUGUCUUAAGCUGUGAAUUUUCCUGGCGAGACUUGCCAAGUUUUGGAAUCUUAUGUAAUUCUUAUCUAAGCAUUGCACAUGUGAUUGUUUGGGUUAUUACCCUGAUGUUGAACUUGUCCGUUAUUUGUGCUUGAAAGUAAGAUGUUCUUCACUGUUGAGCACAUUCACCCAUUCCAGAUGUUAGUUUACCUAGCUAUCAAGCUGGUGCUAUUUAAUGGAACUUUGUUUUUUUUCCCUACGUGUGUUGUAGGUAAGAAUGUGUGUGGUUUCAUACAACGUUAUUGAUGUUGUUGUUGCUGUAUUUAUAUUAACAUAUCCUUCUUCCUUCUUUAUUUGGCGUCUGGGCGGGCAUGCUGAUGGAAAGAUCUCUCCAUUGUUGCAUUUUUCUACUUAAGAAAUUGUGGAAAUUGGUCCACUCACAAACCAUUCCGUAUUUGUUAGUGCAUAUUAUCAGGAGUGGUGUGCCAAGAUUUGCUGAAUAUUACAUAUUGUUUUGUAGAACUCUCAAGUAGUGAUUCUCUUCCCUGACAUAAUUGUUAGACAUAGGUAUAGUUAGUUUUGUAAUUUGAACUGUUAAGAAUGUGUUGAAAGGUUCAUUAGUUGGUGGGUGUGCAUUGCCCUGCCUGUGAAGCUGAGGCACACAUUUUAGGCAUUUCCUUUCAUGCAUCAUUGUUAUUUUUUAUGUCAGUGAACCAGCAGCAUUGUUUUGACCAAAAACUUUUUGAAAUUUAUAUAACAGGGAACUCUUAGCAUUUGCUGAAUACUUGUCUGGAGUUAAAAAAGUGGUGCCUGGCCCUUAGAAACAUGUUUGGCAGAAGUCAAGCUCUAUUUUAUUAUAUGCUGUUUGUGUUUUCUUGCACUGUAAAUUGAGAUGAGAAGUUCAUUUUCACAUGUUUUCAAAGUGAAAUGGAAUUAGUUGAGGUUACUAAGAUUUUUAAUGCAAGGAAUCCAAAGAGAGGAACCACUGCUCCAUGUUGUUUUUUUUAUUUUCUUUUCCUAAGACUGCUAUAGAUUUAUAAUGUGCAGUGUUUGGUUUGUUUUUGUUAUGCUGCCCUUGGGGAGUAUGUGAAGUACCGGCCAUGGCCGACGCAUGCUAGUCACUCUAAUAUGUGUUAGAUCCUACCUUCCAUGACGCCUGGGAUUGCUACAAAGUAUCCAAAGGCUUUUCUAUUAAAUGCUGUUUUUAUUUUUAUUUGUUAUCUUUUUUAAGUUUGGCUUAGAGAAUCUGGUUGGAUUAUUGAUGCACUGCAAUAUUAGUCCUCAUUUGUCAAAUAAUCUUUUCCUGUUUUAAGUAUGCUGCCAGAGUUUAAGAUAAAAGACGCAGUCGGUUACGAAGAAGUUAUUUUUUUUUUCUGCUCAGUUUCUUUAUCACUGAUGUUUUGAUUGCACGAGUUGUACUUGAAGUGCUGGACUAGCACUUUGGGUAGUUAGAUUGAGAUUGUAUGGUCAAAGUAUUACUUGUUUGUGUUUUCGAAACCAAGAGAUUGUUUGUGUUAUCAAUAGGACUGUUGUAAAACCAUUUUAAUACCAUCACAUCUUUGUUUUUCUUUUUCGUUUUUCUUUUUUUUUCUCGUUUUAUCGUUGUACUGAGGUAUAAGUUACCAUACCAGAAGUAGCUACCACAUUUCAGGUUUUUUGUAAUUCUUGAUGUAAGCCAGUUGGUUGUGGUCAAAUAUCCAUGCUAUUUUUACUCUUACCUUUAUGACUUCUACGGAUACAUUCUCUUGGGUUUGAGACCGAUAGAUUGAAUUUGAGAUCUGCAAAUUUAAGUCAUUGAUGUGGCCAAAACUUCUCAUGAAGAAAAGCCCAUUUUCUUCAUUUUUUGUUAUAUAUGCUCAAUUUGAUGUGUUCUGUUCCAUUUAGUUUUGUUUUUAUUGAUUUGAUCGAGCAAUACGUGAAAUGUUUUGGCCAGGAAGUUGCCCCCAAUUGUUCCUUGGGCAAUAUCAAAUGUGGAUUUAUUUCCGAGGCCAACACUAACUGGUUCUUCAUGAGCAUGAGGUAGAUAAUAUUGUUUUUGAGUGUUAUAGCCAUCCUUAGCUUUGGUUAAGUAGCUCAGUGAGUGUGCUGGUCUUAAAUUGUUUUAAUUUCAAAUUACUCCUUGCAAUAAUUGUUUUUGUUUGACCUAAUUUAAUGCAUUUUUAGUUUUUUCCUUGUUAGUAGUUGAAUGUGAAAUACAUAUAUUCUCUCUUAACUGCAUUUUGAUUCCACCUUGCUAGGUUGUAAAUUGAUUCACAUGACAGCCAAGGCAGCCAAACUUCAUUAUUUGCUAAAAGAUCUUGAUGCGGUCUUCUACCGCUCACUUUGUAGGUAUGUAAUAUUUUCAAGUAUUUUUGUACUUUUUGUAUUUGCUCUAACUUUUACGUCUACUCACUACUGCUGUGUCUGUCUUGGUAUUUCACAUUGGUAUUUUACUUUUCCAAACAUGCAGGGACAGAACUCUGGUUGUUUAAAGAGUGUUUGAGAAUGUGUGUGUGUGUGUGUAUGUAUGUAUGUAAAGGAAAUUUGUCUAUCUCCAUUUGUCCCAAUAAGUAGUUUUGAUAUUUUCUUCAUGUUAGCUUAAGUUUGCCAAACAAUGUGUGUGUGUACAGAUAAGGCACUUUCUGCCUAAAAUGCCUCUUGCCAAUGUUCACAAUGUCAGAAAUUCUAUUAUCAGCUUGAGUACAAAGAGGUUUGCCAAGAAAUUGUUGCAUGAUUCCUUGCAAAGGGAAAGACUGAAUCUGAAAAAGAUAGGCUUAGGAGACGUUUUUAAAAGUUUAAUGUUGUUGUCAUUCAAAUUCAUUUGCAUUGACCAGUUAAGUAUGAAAAAAAGAUAAGAUUUAUUUUCCCCAAGUUAGUUGAACAUCUUAAACCACUGAGGUAAUUUUUGGUUUUAAUGCCUCUGUUUUGGUUGUUUUUGAAGAGUUAAAUUGACAUUUUUUUCUUUGAUGCAAUUGCGUUGGUGAGAGCGAGGUCAGUGUCAAUUAACGUUGGGAACAUGUGACAUUGUGCAUUGAUUGGUGAUGGUCCUUUUGCCUCAAGUUGACACCCCUCUUAAUUUGAAUUCGUGGGUGUUAAGUAGUUGCUUAUCUUAUCAGACUUCUGAAGACAAUGAAUUUACAAAGCUGUUGGCUCCUUAACAUUUUUCUUUACCAAGACUCACAUAUUCUAAAGUUUGUUUUUAUACCAAUAGUAAUGUUUGCAUCUGUUUUAUUGUUGAUGUUUCUUCCAUUGUUUGAAAUAAAAGACUUGUCAGAAGUAUACAUGUUUGCUUUCUCUUUCCAAUUUAACUAGGAACUGUUCUGCUGAAGCUGCUGGCCAGACUGUCGCCUGUACUUUCAGCCAUUCAUUAGAAAUGCUCAUAUGUUCAUAAUUCAUAGAGCUAGUUCCACUUGUGCCAAUCUGUGAUUCAGGGGUCACAUUCCUGACUUCUUAGCACUUAUUUUCCUCCAACAAAGCUUUCACAACUUGUCACAUGCUCUUUACAUGGACAGAUUUAUCCUUAAAUCUGCUUAUUUACCGACCAUACUGUCAAGUUUGCUGUCCACUUGAUUAAAUAUUACUCACUGAUAGUGGUUCUGUGAAGACUAGGGCAUUCCUCUACAGUUAUUAUAGCACUGACAUUGAACAGGGGCUUAAAUGAGCUCAGUAUUUGUUAUUUGUGUUACGUUAUGAUAAUCAAAAUGGUGAUGUUUAAUAUAAGCAUUCUUAAUAGUAGGGAAGUGUUUGAUGACUAUUGUAUAUUUUAAAAUAUUAAAUUGUUGUGUUCCAUAUCAAAAGUUCGUAAGACAAAAAAAUUUAAGCCUCAGUAGCACUACUGCCAGUAGAUAAUACAGAAUGCUUUGAUUGUUUAACUUACCCAGGCCUGUCUAUGACUUGACUGUGACAGUGAAUGUGCAUACUAUACACUUUUUAAAAAAAAUAAUGUUCUUUUGUGGGCCUGUAAAUUCUACCACUCUCUAACAUGGGUGUUCGUUGACUAAAGAAUUUACAUCUUAUGGGCAUGUUGUCCUUACUUAGUGAAUGCAUAAGAGUGCAGUUACUGUAGAAUAUCCAUCCCAUAGCAGGUCCAGCCUUUGAAGCUCUACCUGUGUGCGUGAACAAUCAUGGGCCGGAGGUGGAAUGUGGCCUGGGAUUAAAUUUACAUAUUUUGUGCUAGAGGUGACAUGUUAAUACUUUGUAGUUUUGCAAAUGGCUCCUCCUUGCACCAAGCUGUUACAUAGACUCUCAAUGUUCUUCAUUUUCUUACUGUAGAAGAGAUUUGAUAUAGUGUGAAUAUUUUUUUAAUCGUUAAUUAUGCUGUCCUGUCUUGCCAGUCCAAUUUGUACCUCUCCUUUUUCACUUGUGUGGAUUUCUCAGGGUUGUUGUACAAAAGAAAACUGUUUUUUGUGACAGGACAGCAAAAGUUGUGUUUCAAUGUGUGUGAUGUAGAUUGAUCGCUUUCUCUGUUUGUAGAUAUUUUAGUCUGUUGCUUGAGGUAUGAGCCUCUAUCGAGAUGGAUUGACUCAUUUAUAUCCGGUGUUUUGCUAAUGUUUGGUUUGCGUUUAAGCUAAUGGAUGCAAACAUUGUCGUUUCCUCAUUUUUCAUUGUUAAGGUGGAAUCCUUUCCGUAAAUUUUGUCAUUUGUUGAUUGAUGAUAAGUUUGAACAAUAGGACCUAGGGGUGGGGUGUGCUCAAGAUUUAUUGCUAGUGAUCUAUACUUACAAAAAUUGGGUUCCUACACAUCUUUGGGAACUGCAAUUUAAAUUGCAAACAACCAGAUUGGUUUGAGAAGAAAAUUUGUUGUUUCUCCGUUGAAAUUGAGAAUUGACUGAUAAAAUGUUGAUAGUAGGUUCGAUUGUAAAGGGAAACAAGCUUAUCAUUGGAUGUUUUAUUUCUUUCAAAGUUUCUCAUGUUGCUUCUUAAAGUUGUUUUAAUUGUAGGUGAUUGCUCCAUGUCCUCAAAGUAUAUUCGUCAGUUUUGUGACUUUGCACUGUUGGGAACAGCCCUCCCCUGUAUCUUGUUGAUUGGUCGGCAACAAAUUUCGGUAUUUGUGUGUUUGUGAACUUGGUAAAGACGGUGUCUCUCUGUAGCAGUUAAGUAUCACAAAAUAAGUUUUCGUGUAGACAUUGCUACUGUCAAUUUGAUAUUGUAACCUAUUAUGUGUAUGUAGUGUAUUGAAUUCUAAGCUGAGAGACAUUUUGUCCACAGACAACAAAUUCUUCAUAAUUUUUUUGUUGUUUUAUUUUUCCCUUAAUUUUGGUAUUUACUAGUCUUUGUUAAUGUUAUAGACUGCAAAAAGUCGCUAUACUCUGCCUACUUGAAAUGCUAGGCCUACAUUAGUCUGGGUGAGCAAAGUCUCAGCAUUCUCUGCUAAUCAUUUAACAUCGUUACUGAUGGAUAAUAAGUUGAUUGCGUAGAUAUGUUAUCUAAUAUUAUUGUCAUAAUUUAAACUGAUCACUUGUAUAUUAUGUUAAUAGACCCUUUCUUCCUUUUAGCUGUAGGCAGCUUUAGUUCUUUCUUGUUUGUUUCAUUAUUGCUUUCUUGUGUUUAGUUUGCACACAAAUUCUCAUUUAGCCUUUUGUGUGGAAUGGGUUGACUGAUAAAAUUCUCUCAUCUUUUCAUUUUCUUUGUUACAUUUUCUUUCUAUUGAAAAUAUAUUUGUCGGAGGUAUUUAUUUGCAAUUUUUCUGACAAAUUGUGUUGUUUAGAAAAAGAAAUUAAGAAAAAAAAGCAAAGCCAAAAAAAGACUAUUGUUUUAUGCAGCUUUCAUGAUAGUCAUGGAUUUUGACAACCACAAAUUGCAUUCUAACUGUAACUACAUUCAGCAAAUGUGAGAAGGUUGUUCUGCUCAUUCCAACAAUGUGUAUUGUCAAUUUGCAUUGAAACAUUUGUUUUGCUCUUUCUUUGACUUGCACUUUUUUUUGUGGCAUCUUGAAUUUCUCAAGUGACAGAGUGGUAUGGCCUAUUUUUUAUGAAAAGAAAGACUGAUGCUUUUGUUGAGUGUUUGAUUGAGCAGAAAGUUGUCCUUAAAUGGAGUUAAACUUCUGCACCAUUAAAGAGUUUGAAGAUUGUUCUAAAAUUUUACUUACCUAUGCAAUAUUUCUCUCUUGCCUUUCCUCCAGAUAUGUUGCGUUCAUAUAUGAACCUUGACCUUCAUCAAUACUUUUUGUCAAGAUGAGGCAAUGUUCUUGCUUUCUUUUUGGUUUCAACUUAUUGUUUGAAUGUCAUUGUUGCACAUUUCUUUCUUUUCCUCUGGUCUGUGCUCCUUCCUCAGUCCUGAGGUUUGACAUAAUUUAAUUUCCUUGGCCCUACUCUAAAAUUUUUUAUUGGUGGCCAACAACUAUGCCAGCAAUAAGGUUUUGUGUGGAUGAUUUUCUAAAAUGAUCUGUCAUGGUAAAUUGUUUAGAAUUGUACUGUGCCACCUUAGGUUUCCCUCCAAGCUUUAUCCAUUGAAUAAUCGGUUAUUUUGGUUUUGAAGUAUUUUCUCACUGCUUCUUAUGUGGUAGUGGACAAUAAAAAAAAGGAAGAGGAGACCUGUUAUUCUUUUGUGAAAGCAAUUUUCCAGUUGUUGUGUGUUGUAGUUGGAAAAAGAAAACCUGUUAUGACUAAAAGUGAAGACUUUAGAGCCAUUAAGCUGUUGAUUAUUUCACACCAAAUUUUGGAAACUUAAGAAAUGAGCCUAUAUUUUUGCACCCGGUUAUUAAAACAAAACGUCACUUGCGAUUGUAAGCUGUUCAUAAAUUUUGAUUAGUAGUUAUGUAUCCAUCCGUCUCUUUCAUAAAUCUCUGCAAGUCCAUCUUUGCAGUUUUAUUCUUCAUGUUCUGGUGUAACCUUUCCAUCACAAGCUGUAAAUUUGUUGCGUCCUUUCAUUAAAAUAACUUGUUAUGAGUGGUCCUUUAAAUGCAGCAAUUGCUUUGAAUGGAUUGUUUUCAGAAAUUUUUUCUUGCAAUGGAAAGUAUUGUUGAGUGCGAAAAUCUGACAAUGACAAAUAAUCAACCCUUCGGGUCAGUGCUUGACGCUACCAAUUGUUCUGUAUAAUUGAAUCUGUCAUGUCCAACACAUUCCACUGUUGCAACUGUUAUUUUUAUUACUAAUUUAUGAAAAUGAAAUCACUGAAAUUAUUUGUUGUGAAUGAUGAGCCCAGCGUUCAUUUGUAAACUAAGAAAUGUAUGGUUGCAGUGAAAUGUGCAUAUGUUUAGUUUUGUAUUGUGACCAAAUGGUUAUCAUCAUGCCCAUUUUUGAUUGCUAUUUAAGUUAGGUGUUUCAGUUUGUUUGGUCAGAUGUUUCUAUUUUUCCAUAGAUCAAACUCCUUGUUAACUAAUGUGUGCCUAGUCAAUAAAAUUCAGGUAUAAAAUUCCAUUUCUCCCUUCAGUUCUGUUGAAACCUGACAAAAUGUUUUCUUCCCUCACGUGGAAGUUACAGUUAGCUAAUUUGUUCUACCAUGCAAGUAUUCUCUUUUCCUCGUUUUGAAAAUUGUCUUGAGUUUUGUUAUAAUUGUGUAUUGUCCAGGGUGGGUCAGGAAAGAAAAUGUGACAAUGAAAUAGAGGACCUGCAAUCUUCCCGAUUCGUGUUUUGGGUUCGGAUUGUGUUAAUGCACAAGAUUGUCUACAGAGACUGAGCUGUGGUCUGGAAUUGGAAUUGGGCUGCUGUUAAAUCUAUUUUAGAUACUGUGGGAUACCAUGAGCACAAAAUGCAUAGACCAAGUGUAUCAUUAAAAUUACUGUGGUUAAUUACUUUUUAAAAAUGCACAUCACCAACUCUUUUUUGUGGACAAUGUUUUAGUUUAUUUUAGCGUUUUGCAUCUUCUGUCAAUCUGCUGAUUGUCACAUGAACUGUGGGUUAAACUUUUUGUUGAGCGAGUCCUUCAUGCUGUUCAGCCUCUGAGGCCCUGGAGGGGCAAGUCUAGUAUAAAUAUUGUUUUGAAAAAUAAAACAAACAUUUUUUUUUGUUCUGUGUUUUAUUUUUAUUUUUGAAGUAAUUGUUUUAAUUUAUGAUGAAGAUUUUGUUUCUCCCUUUUGUAACUUGAUAUAGUUUUUAUGAUUCAGUGUCUUUCAUAUCAGUUUGUUACAAAGUGUGUAUCGAUUGUGUACAAUAAAAAUACUUGGUUGCUUGAA